AUGACAUAUAAUACACCAGAUAGUAUCUAUUAUCGUGUUGCUAAAAAAUUAAAUCAACAAACAAAGCCCAUUUUAGAUAAGGCAGAACAAGAUUAUCUUGAUCUGGGAAUUGACCCCGAUAAAAUGAUUAUGGAAUUAGAUCUUGAUCCUGAAAUAUUUACCUAUAAUAAUGAACCAUUGGCUGUUGACGAAGAGGCGAUGGAAGAGGCGACAGUAAAGGAAGAGAUUGUUGAAGAAACGCCAGAGGGCAUAAUUAAAGACACAACUAGUGGUGCAAUAAGACGAAUUAAACGAAAGUUUUCUUUUCUUUCUACUCGGGUCACUAGAUCUAGAACAGUUGUCGAACAACACCACCAUGAUGAUGAUCAAGAUAAUUAUACUGGAAGCAAAAGCAAUUUACAAACUGGUGAUAAGCCACGGAAAAUUAGAAAAUUACCAAAAGGCUGGGUCAUGUUGCCUGAUGAUGAUGAGGAAGAAGUGGAAAAAGUGGAGAAAGAGGAGGAACUUGAUGAAACUUUAAUGGAUGUUGAUCAAAAACAAGAAGAAUUGGUAGAUGAUGAUGUUGUUUCAUCACGGACUAGAUCUCGGAAAACUACAAGGAUUGAAGAACUUGAUACUGUGGAACCCUUAAAAAAUGAGACUGAUAUUAUCCAUGGCAAAAGAACGAUUCGUGAUAUGAUAGUCGACACGUCGCCAACAGUAGCAUCAACACCUACAUAUAGCAGAAGAACAAAUCGUGAUCCUAUAAUUGACACAUCACCAACAAUAUCACCAACAUCUACAUAUAGCAGAAGAACAAAUCGUGAUAUUAUGACUGACACAUCGCCAACGCCUAUAUAUGGCAGAAGAACAAAUCGUGAUAUUAUAGCUGACAUAUCGCCAGCACCUAUAUAUGGCAGAAGAACAAAUCAUAAUGUUACUGACACAUCACCAACGGUAUCACCGACAGCUAGAUAUGGCAGAAGAACAAAUCGUUAUGUUACUGACAUGUCUCCAAUAGUAUCACCAACAGCGAGAUAUGGCAGAAGAACAAAUCUUGAUACGUCUCCAACAGUAUCACCAGCGACUAGAUUUGGAAGAAGAACAAAUCUUGACAUGUCUCCAACAGUAUCACCAGCAACUAGAUAUAGUAAAAGAAUAAAUCGUGAUGUUAUUGACACAUCGCCAAUUGUAUCACCUGCAGCUACAAUAUCAACUAUAGUAUCAUCAACUACUGCAUCACCUUUAAGUCGCAAAAAACUUAAUACUGCUGUAUUAGAAUCUACUGAUAUUAGUUAUGGGAGUUUAGUUUGGGCAAAGAUGCAAGGUUUUCCUUGGUAUCCUGCAGAGAUUGUACACCCAGGCAGUCUUCAAGUUCCUGAAGCUGUCAGACAUGAUAAAAAAGAUGGCGACAUGUUUUUGGUGCGUUUCUUUGAUGAAAAACCUGGAAAGAAAAAUGGUAGUCGUAGCUGCAGAAGAACAAAUCGUGAUCCUAUAAUUGACACAUCACCAACAAUAUCACCAACAUCUACAUAUAGCAGAAGAACAAAUCGUGAUAUUAUGACUGACACAUCGCCAACGCCUAUAUAUGGCAGAAGAACAAAUCGUGAUAUUAUAGCUGACAUAUCGCCAGCACCUAUAUAUGGCAGAAGAACAAAUCAUAAUGUUACUGACACAUCACCAACGGUAUCACCGACAGCUAGAUAUGGCAGAAGAACAAAUCGUUAUGUUACUGACAUGUCUCCAAUAGUAUCACCAACAGCGAGAUAUGGCAGAAGAACAAAUCUUGAUACGUCUCCAACAGUAUCACCAGCGACUAGAUUUGGAAGAAGAACAAAUCUUGACAUGUCUCCAACAGUAUCACCAGCAACUAGAUAUAGUAAAAGAAUAAAUCGUGAUGUUAUUGACACAUCGCCAAUUGUAUCACCUGCAGCUACAAUAUCAACUAUAGUAUCAUCAACUACUGCAUCACCUUUAAGUCGCAAAAAACUUAAUACUGCUGUAUUAGAAUCUACUGAUAUUAGUUAUGGGAGUUUAGUUUGGGCAAAGAUGCAAGGUUUUCCUUGGUAUCCUGCAGAGAUUGUACACCCAGGCAGUCUUCAAGUUCCUGAAGCUGUCAGACAUGAUAAAAAAGAUGGCGACAUGUUUUUGGUGCGUUUCUUUGAUGAAAAACCUGGAAAGAAAAAUGGUAGUCGUAGCUGGUAA